AUGGCACAGACAGCAGAAGCAAAGACUAUAGAAGAAGCCACUGUUACCAUUGUAUCACCACAAGGACGGCCAGAUGAGAAGACGCGGCGGUACGACCGUCAACUACGACUAUGGGCUUCUUCUGGUCAAGCCGCACUGGAGUCAGCGCGUAUUCUCGUGAUCUCUGGAGGAGCAACCUCGACUUCCACUCUGAAGAACCUGGUGCUACCCGGAAUUGGCGAGUUCACGAUCCUCGACCACCUCCCCGUGACCUACGCGGAUGCUGGGAACAAUUUCUUCCUGCACGUCAAUGGGAUUGGCAAGAGUAGAGCGGAAGAGGCGGUGAGCCAUCUCGCAGAGCUGAAUGAUAGCGUGAAGGGCAAGGCCGAUACUAGGGACGUUAACGCCGUCCUCGAAAACGAGCCAGAAUUCUUCCUGUCUUUCACUCUUAUUAUUGCUGUUAACCUCAGUCCCGAAAUAGAAGAUCGACUUGCUCAAGCGCUGCGUAGUGGCGCCUCAACACCAAGGGACACUGUGCCACUGAUGAUCGUCCGAACCGCUGGAUUCUACGCGAUGAUCGGAACCCAGAUCGGGGAGCACACAGUUGUUGAUGCUCACUCGGAGACACCGCCCAGCUUACGACUGGACAACGCCUUCCCUGCACUGCUCGAAUACGCUCGCGCCAUCGACUUAGACUCAUUAGACAGCACCGACUUUGGCCAUGUUCCAUGGGUUGUGCUGCUAGUAAAGGCGUUAGAGAACUGGAAGCAAAAGCACGACGGCCAACUGCCCAAAAGCUAUGCUGAGAAGCAGGAGCUGAAGAAGAGCCUGGAGAAGAUGCGGAGGCGAGGUGAUGAGGAGAACUUUGACGAAGCUGUUGCACAGGCGUAUAGGAUGUGGACGCCCACCGUGGUGCCUAGCGAGACUCGCGCUCUGUUAUCCGACCCGUCUGUGACUACCAUUACCUCCUCUUCGCCCUCGAUCUUCUACUUCCUUCUCGCGCUUUCUCAUUUCGUCCAACAACAUUCCUACCUCCCUCUUGUCCCCACCCUACCCGACAUGCACACGACGACCGACACGUACGUGGAGCUCCAAAACCUCUUCCGCGCACAAGCAGACCGUGAGAUGCUCGUAUUCGAAGACUGUCUGAAACGGGCCGUAGAGGAAGUGCACGAGACCUGGGAAGAGAGGGAGAGUCUAGGACUGGGCAGGGCGGAGGUAAAGGAGUUCAUCAGGAAUGCAGCUGGCGUACGGGUGUUCAAGGGCAAGAAAUGGGGUUCCGUCGAGCCUUCUGAGAUUGAGGCAUCUGACCAGAAGCCAGUGACUGCUCUCCAGAACGAGCUCGAAUCAGGCAUGCUCCCCGCCCCGGCAGCGGUAUACCUCGCCUUCCUCUGCUCGGCAGACUUCUACAGCGCGCAUGCCCGCCAGCCCCAGCCUACAGAAGCAGACAACCAACUUCUGACAACCUAUGCUACCCAGCGCCUAGCGAACGGAGGGUGGAACGGCGAGCUCCCGGAGACGGUCACCACUGCCUUGGGCGAGAUCGCUAGAGCACAAGGCUCGGAUAUCCCGACGACCGCUGCGCUCACAGGAGGGCUCGUUGCACAGGAAGCGAUCAAGUUCCUCACGCGGCAGUAUGUGCCUAUCGAGGGCACGUGCAUCGUUGACCUGAUCAGGAGCACGACGGGGACGCUGCCGUUCUAG